CCACACAAAGCCGCUGAUUGGCUGUUAUCUUCCGCUUCCAAAACUUGAAGCGUGUUCCACAGCACGUCACCUCGCUCGCUCAGACCGGCUCAGACAGCAGCAGCAGCAGUCGGCGCUCGAUUUGUUGUGUCUGAAAAGCAAUGGCAGACGAGACGGAUACUAUUCCAAUUCCUGAGUUUAGCUCUCUCCUCCAAAUGGACCCCUACUUAAAACCAUUCGAAAAGGACUUCCAGAGGAGGUAUCAGCUGCUGCAAAAGCAGCUUUUCCUGCUGGAGGCUGCAGAAGGAGGCUUUGAGCAGUUCACACGCAGCUACAACACCUUUGGCGUGCACCGGCAGCCUGACAACAGCCUGUUCUUUAAAGAGUGGGCUCCAGCUGCAGAGGCUCUCUUCCUCACUGGCGACUUCAAUGGCUGGAACAAAUUCUCUCACCCUUACACCAACAAAGAGUUUGGAAAGUGGGAGCUGAUUCUACCACCUAAGGCUGACAAGUCUCCAGCUGUGGAUCACAACACAAAAUUGAAGAUAGUCGUUCAUACCAAAGAAGGCGAGCGACUGUACCGGAUCUCACCCUGGGCGAAAUAUGUGACCAAAGAAAACAAGGCUGUCAUCUAUGAUUGGAUUCACUGGGAUCCCCCUCAUCCUUACACUCACAUCCACCCUCGCCCAAAGAAGCCCACCAGCCUGAGAAUAUACGAGUCUCAUGUUGGGAUUGCAUCACCAGAGGGAAAAGUUGCCUCAUACACCAACUUCAGAACCAAUGUGCUGCCGCGUAUAAAGUACCUGGGUUACAACUGUAUUCAGCUGAUGGCAGUCAUGGAGCAUGCCUAUUAUGCAAGUUUUGGAUAUCAAGUUACCAGUUUCUUUGCAGCUUCCAGUCGCUACGGUACCCCAGAUGAGCUGAAGCAGCUGAUUGAUGUAGCUCAUUCAAUGGGCAUCUUGGUACUGCUGGAUGUUGUCCAUAGCCACGCCUCCAAGAACACAGAGGAUGGCCUCAACAAAUUUGAUGGCUCUGACUCAUGUUAUUUCCACUCUCCUCCCAGAGGGGAACACACCCUGUGGGACAGCCGCCUCUUCAACUAUUCCAGCUGGGAAGUGCUGCGGUUCCUGUUGUCAAACCUUCGCUGGUGGAUGGAGGAGUACCGUUUUGAUGGAUUCAGAUUUGAUGGCAUUACCUCCAUGCUCUACCAUCACCAUGGCAUAGGCACUGACUUCUCAGGGGACUACAGCGAGUACUUUGGCCUACAGGUGGAUGAAGAGUCUUUGGUUUACUUGAUGCUUUCCAAUCACAUCCUUCACAGCCUUUAUCCUGACUGCAUCACCAUUGCAGAGGAUGUGUCAGGGAUGCCUGCACUCUGCAGAGGAGUACAAGAGGGAGGACUUGGAUUUGAUUAUCGACUGGCUAUGGCUAUUCCAGAUAAGUGGAUUCAGAUCCUGAAGGAGUUAAAGGAUGAGGACUGGAACAUGGGCAAUAUCGUCCACACGCUGACAAACAGGCGUUAUGGGGAGAAAUGCAUAGCCUAUGCAGAAAGUCAUGAUCAGGCUUUGGUUGGGGAUAAGAGUUUGGCAUUCUGGCUGAUGGACAAGGAGAUGUACACCAACAUGAGUACCUUGAUUCCCAUGUCUCACAUCAUUGACCGCGGAAUACAGCUGCACAAGAUGAUCCGACUCAUCAGUCAUGCUCUGGGUGGUGAAGGCUAUCUCAACUUCAUGGGGAAUGAAUUUGGCCAUCCAGAGUGGCUGGAUUUCCCCAGACAAGGGAACAAUGAGAGUUACCACUAUGCCCGGAGGCAGUAUAAUCUCGUGGAUAUGGAUCAUCUUCGCUACCGUCAGCUAUAUGCCUUUGACCGGGACAUGAACCUCACUGAAGACAAGUACGGCUGGCUGUCUGCCCCACCUGCCUAUGUCAGUGCCAGGCAUGAAGACGACAAGGUUAUUGUGUUUGACAGAGCACAUGUGGUCUUCAUCUUUAACUUCCACCCCACAAAGAGCUUCCAGAACUACAGGGUGGGUGUCGAACUUCCAGGAAAAUACAAAAUCAAGCUGGAUUCAGAUGAGCCUCUGUAUGGAGGUCACGGACGGUUAGACCACAACACUGAGUUCUUCACUGAGGCUCAACCCUGCAGCGGUCGCCCCCACUCCAUGCUGGUCUACAGCCCCUGCAGAACAGCUAUUGUCCUGGCCAACGAGGAGAUAGAUUACUGUUAUUAGGGGAUGAUUGUCUCCACAGAGACCAGGAUCGAGAAUGGAUUCCAACCUCAAACUGAGUGUUAACAAUCAUCUUCAUCUUAAAGUGUCAACCUUGCACACCAAGCCCACUUUCUCCCCAUACAAGUCUUUUUCCCCCCCAUAAAUGUGGGGGUUUGAUGGUGAGCCUGUGUGCUUUCAAACACCAUCUGCGACCUUAGAUGCUGUGUAACCCCAUUUACUACAGAUUGGUCCAUUUGGGACGCGUUCAAGCUAACCAGCAGCUAGAUUCUAAAAUUUAAAAAAUGCCUGCUGAGUGCAUCCAAAAGUAGCCAGCAGCCCUUUCUCGGCUCUGUUGAAUUUGGCGUGUCAUCUGAGACACAUGACCAGCCUGUGGAAGUGUGACGACACACAGCAUACAGUAGAUUCAUUUUUUUGUACCCCUCCCUCACUAUAAACACAAGAAUAUACACUGCUGUGUUUUGAACAAUAGCUUAGUUGCUUAUUUGUGUAGUUUAAAAAGUUAAUAAUAAUUAUAUGGUGUGUGGAUUUACAGUAUUACUAAAAUAAAAAAUCCCAAGUAAUUAACCACUAAUUAAUCUUUGUUCAUUUGCACUGUGGAAUAUUCUAAUUAUGACAGUUGUGUAAUUUUCACAUAGUAAUAAGAUACUUUGAAUUAGUACUAGACUGUGAAUGGAAAUGUAAUACGGUUUUUGUUGUGUAAUAUUUGAAUUUAUGCAGCUUUUGGGAUCGUUCAUUUAUUAUUAAAAGCCCAUUUAUUAAGGCACCCAUUUGCAGCAGCAACAAAAUCAUUUAACUUGGAUUGUUAAAUGACAGUUUGGGCUAACUGGCCUGAAUGUUGUGAUUCUACUUUGAAAAAUAAUUAUACAGUUUUAAUUUUACCCUGUGUGUGGCCCUGUGAGACACUGGCAUCCUGUCCAGGGUGUACCCCACCUCACGCCCUAUGACUGUUGGGAUAGGCUACAGCCAAAGUGAUGCUUAGUUGCAGUAAGUGGUUGAAGAUGAGUGAGUGACUGAUGUUCUCUGAAGAAUUUUGUGUGUGAGAGAUUAUUAGAGGUUGCAUUUUCAUAACUCACUUUAAAGCUACAGUGUCAUCUCGUGGCGAGGGUGCAGAUUGCAUUAUGUCAUCACUGGUUGCAGGUUUGUUUCCCUUCACAUUUGCCCUACGAUGAUAUUAGGUACAAGCGACAGAGGCUAAGCGAUGAGCUGCCAUUUUCAGUCAGAAUGGGCGUUUUACAGCAGCAAGAGGCAAUCGUCACUAUGUCACCAGCUAGGUCAGGCCAAAAUAAAUGAGACACAACAUGGCACGGGGACUGCCAAUCCAAGUAAAAAGGCAGUGUGAUGUUAGUUGGUUGCUCUUGCAAGCUCAGUAAUCCAAGAUGGCAGAAUACGCACUGAAAAACCUGUAUUUCUGUAUGAAUCUAAUAUGUUUGCCAUUUUUCUUCUUAUUUGUGAAGGUUAGCGAAAAAUAAACACUUGCAAAUCUAAAAACGCUGUUUUGGUAACCAGAUAACACCUCUGAAGUGAUUUACAAGACAUCUUAUGAAGAUGUUAGCAUGCUAACUAGCAUGCUGCCACUGUGAAAGUCAUUGGACUGAAACAAAUCAAGCAAGCUUUGGUUAUGUUAAACAUUCAAACAUGGAGGAAAAAAAACCCCAUGGAGACCGUGUGGAGUUUCCCCAUCCUUUAUAAUCAAUCAUUAAACGUGCACAGUAACGGCAAGUAGCCACAAGCUGGUAAUGCCCCAUGAAUGGCCAUUGAGCGACAAACGCCAAUUGCUUGUCACCCUCAUUUGUAGCUAAUAUACUGUAGGGUUAGCUUUUUUGGUGAUGAAGAUUCAUGCUCCCAUGCUUUCUCUUGAGAGAAGCACCAUGUAUGAGCCUUCAAUUCAGCAAAACGAGGGUUGUCGAACCUCUUAAUCUGCAGUACCAACCAGCAGACUGCAUAUAAUGGAGCAACCACAGAUUCCUCUUAUUUUUUCCCUUCAGUCUUUCGGCCAUACCGCAAAAGGUGAAAGGUGGAGUAAGUAUGUCCCUUUUGGGCUACUCUAUCAACAUGGCGGUGCAACAUGAUGGCCUCCAUGAGGGGGCCCGCUCACAUGUAGAUAUAAAGGACUCAUUCUGAUGUUAUGAACACUUGGAUUUGUCGUUGCAGGUAAUUAUAUGCUAAUGAAUAGAUGGUUGUGGAUGUGACAUUCCAUUUUUCCUAAUAAAUACCCCUAAAUCAUCCACACUGUAGCUUUAAAGUGACAUGCCUUCACAAUUGGGCAAAAAGAAAUUGUCACCUUCAUAACCUAGUCCUAGUUUGUAGUUCUGUUUUAUUGUUUGAAACGGCCCACAUUUACUAUUUCAAAAUUAUAUCAGCAGUUAUGUGGCUAACAGCAAUGCUGUCUGAGAAAGUUUUAAUCUUGACAGAGCGCCCCUGUAAGGUGGACUGAGAGAAAUCGUGACUGUGUGCCAGUGCGCAGCAUUCCCUUACGUUUAUUCUACAUGUUCCAGCGAGGCACAGACAGAAUAUGUCCUCACUCCCGUUAGCUUCCACUUAGCGACUUUUGUCCCGGAACAGUCUGUUGAUUGAACAUCUCAUUUUCAGUGAGCGUUUGUAAAGAACAGCUGAAUUGCUUAAUGGUGCCAGUAGCUGUUACAUGGGCCGGUUACUACAAUGUAAAAGUACAUCGGCAAUGAGAGGUGACUAUUUUUAUGACUGUUGAUUUUGCUCACUCGGGCACAACGUGUGAGUCCUGAAAUUGUCCUUGUUGUGACAGAUUUCAUCUUUUGAGGUUUUGUGGUGCAAAUGGAUGUGAGUACGGGUGUGGGGGGGCAAUGAUCUGUUUGUGGCCUUUAAAACGUUUUUCUUUUUGUCCUUAUAGUCUCUUGUUGCUAUACAGAUGAAGGUUUUGGACACUUCAGUUGUCUCUGCAUAUUUUAACAAAGCAGUAGUUAUGUCAAACAAGCUGAUUUGGGACAUUUGUUUAAAAAAAAAAAAAAGACUCAAUUUACUGCUUUGCAUACUUUCAUUUUGUGAUCUACACCAUUAACAUAAACUCAUGAUUGCUAACUUCCACCUUUCAAAAGGCACAUAGAGAAGCACUUUACAUACAUUUCAAGCAACAAGAAUGUGAGACUGAAGUGUUUAAUCACAGCUCAUCUGACCCAGUGUCCUUGUCAUUGUACUACCGCUGAAAUGAAUCUUGUGCAUUUGUCCUCAAAAAUAAAACUGUCUGAUGAAACAGCAA